GCAGCUAAAAUCCAUCUGCAGAGUCACUGCUAACAUGCUGAGAUUAUCACUGCUGAAGCAAAAAUAUAACACAAGUCACAUGACCAUGAUGAUGGCUGAGUUCUGUUGGUUACCAUAGCAACAAUGUCCCCUCACAAUGUCUUUUCAUUUGGUCUGCAGUCGAUGAGCAGUGAGGAGGAAGAUUUUAGCCAUCAGUGGAGGUUCAGGAGGAAGCUGAUUAAAUCCUGAUCAGGACUGAUCACCGAGGAACAUUAUUAAUCUGUCAUAUUGAGGUGUGAUGAAAGCAGGUGUCCAGCAGAGGGAGCCAGAGCUUCAGUGGCUCAUCUCUUCAUCAAACUGAAGGAUGCUGGGAGGAGAGCAGAAGGAGGAGGAAGAGCAGGAGGCGACGGCAGCAGAGGCUACAGAUGCUAACAGCACUGACACACAAAUACAGUCUGACAGGAGCUAACGGCUAACCGCUAACACGCAGACACACAGGCAGACAGACGGAGAGGUGAAAGAGGCAGCGCAUACACUGACACACACAUACACACACACACCGAGCUGCAGGGAAGCUAGCUGCAUGCAGCAUCCUGUGGAGAGAAGGCUAAUCUACUGACACACACACAGAUGUGGAGUCCGAGGCCUCCUAUUGGACGCAGUUCCAGGUAAAUGUGGAGGAACUUUUACCCAGACGGACCUUCAGACUGUAGGACGAAGACGUCCACAGGUCUUGGAGACCGGUGACACGCACACAGGUUCCUGUGUGUGUGUGGACAGGUGCAAAUGUAGUCAGAGUUCGAGCUGUCACUGAGGGGGCGGAGCCCAAAGCUGGUGGUGAUGUCAAAGCGUGGAGCAGGAGGGCGGGUGAAGGGAGAACGACCUGACGCCAUGGCAACGCUUCAAGCAGCCAAUGAGGAGCUGAGGGCCAAACUGACGGACAUUCAGAUUGAACUACAACAAGAAAAGAACAAGGUAAGCCGUCUGGAGAGGGAGAAGAGUCAGGAGCUGAAGGCAGAGCACCACCGCGCAACGCUCGCUGUCACAGAGCUCAAGACGAAACUGCAUGAAGAGAAGCAAAAAGAGCUCACGGUUACCAGGGAGACGUUACUACGGCAACAUGAGAUGGAGCUCAUGAGGGUGAUCAAGAUAAAAGAUGGAGAAAUUCAGUGUCUAAAUGCCCUGGUGCUAACACUACGGGAAGGGACGACGGACAAGGUGAGGAGCGCUCUGUUAGCUGAGGUGGAGGAGGCAAAGCGGAGCUGGGAGGCAGAGCGCUGCCGCCUCCAGCAGGAGAGUCAUGAGCUGCGAGGAGCAAAGAGGAGUGCAGAGGAGGCUCUGGCAUCGGCUCAGCAGGCCUGCCAGGCCCGGGCAGCUGAACUCCGAUCAGCUUAUCACCAGCACCAGGAAGAGCUGAACAGAACCAAGAGAGACUGUGAGAGGGAGAUCCGCCGCCUGAUGGAUGAGAUAAAGCUGAAGGACAGAGCUGUCAGUGUUUUGGAUAAAGCCCUGGGGCUGCAGGCUGGACACGCCCACCGCCUCCAGCUGCAGACUCAGGCAGCCGAGCAGCAAAUCGCAGCCCUGAGAGAUGCACAGAGGGUGGGGCUAAACUACCCCACCCUUAACCCCACCCCUAACAAUGCUCCUCACAUUUCUCAGGAAGAUCGAGACACUCGAAGGUUUCAGCUGAAGAUUGCUGAGCUCAGCGCCAUGGUCAGGAAGCUGGAGGAUCGAAAUGCACUUCUCUCUGAAGAACGCAAUGAACUGCUGAAACGUCUGAGGGAGACGGAGAGUCAGUUUCUUCCUCUUCUUGACAAAAACAAACGUCUAAGCAGGAAAAAUGAAGACCUGGCUCUUGCACUGCGCCGCCUAGACAACAAGCUUCGCUUUGUUACCCAGGAGAACCUGGAGAUGGUAACUAUGAGGAGACCGAGUUCAUUAAAUGACCUGGACCACAGCCACUCCACUAGUUACCAUGGUUACAGCCAAGAUGAAAGAGAGGUGGAGUUCCUACGGCUACAAGUGGUGGAGCAGCAGCACAUAAUUGAUGACCUAUCCAAGGCUUUGGAGACAGCAGGUUACGUCAAGAAUGUUAUUGAAAGAGACAUGUUACUGAGAUACAGACGUCAAGAGCCGGGUAGGAGGAAAAGGACCUUCAGAGCCUGCAGGGUCAUAGAGACGUUUUACGGCUAUGAUGAAGAAGGAUCAGCAGAUUCUGAUGGAUCAUCUUUGUCCUUUCACACCGACAGAACUCCAGAUACCGAACCAGAAGAGGUGUGCGUACGGGAGGAGGCAGAGCUUCGUUACCGUCAGCUGACCCAGGAGUAUCAGGCGCUUCAGCGAGCAUACGCCCUGCUGGCAGAGACGAGUGGAGGAAACUAUGAUGCUGAGAAGGAGAUCAAGACAAGAGAGCAGCUGCUGGCUGAAAUCAGUCGAAAUGAAAGCAGAGUGGCAGAUCUGGAAUUCACGCUAAAACAACAAGGACUGGAUGUGAAGUGGGUGGAGGAGAAGCAGGCGCUGUAUCAGAGAAAUCAAGAGCUGGUGGAAAAGGUGCGACAGAUGGAAGGUGAAGAGCUUAGACUGAAAAACGAUAUCCAGGAUGUCAAAGAUCAGAAUGAGCUGCUGGAGUUCAGGAUCUUAGAGCUGGAGGAAAGGGAGCGACGUUCACCUGCCAUCAACUUCCAACAGUUUCACUUCCCAGAAGGUCUGAGUCCUCUUCAGAUCUACUGUGAAGCAGAAGGGAUGACUGACAUCGUGAUCAGCGAGCUGAUGAAGAAGCUGGACAUCCUGGGAGAUAACGCCGUAAGUAAUCUGGCCAAUGAAGAGCAAGUGGUGGUUAUUCAUGCUAGGACGGUUCUGACUCUGGCAGAAAAGUGGUUGGAGUCCAUCGAGGUGACGAAGUCAGCUCUGCAGCAGAAGAUGCUGGACAUUGAAAAUGAGAAGGAUCUCUUCCGGAAACAGAAGGGUUACCUGGAUGAAGAACUGGACUACAGGAAGCAUUCGAUGGAUCAGGCUCACAAGAGGAUCCUGGAGUUGGAGGCCAUGCUGUUUGAAGCUCUGAGGCAGGAGGAGGAAGCCAAGAUUGUGGGAUUAAAGCUGGAGGAAGGUGGACUGUCUGAGGGUCUGACAGAGGAAGAGAAAGAGGAGCUCAGGAGAUCCAUGGACCAGUGGAAACGAACCGUGAUGUGUGAGCUGAGAGAAAGAGAUGCCCAAAUUCUUCGAGAGAGGAUGGAACUCCUACAGCUCACACAGCAGAGGAACAAGGAGCUGGAAGAAUUUAUAGAAGCACAGAAACGUCAGAUCAAAGAGCUGGAAGAAAAGUUCCUCUUCCUGUUUCUGUUUUUCUCUCUGGCCUUCAUCCUCUGGUCCUAACAGCAACGGAUGAGCUGCAGUAAUACAGAAAUUUCCCCGUUGUGGGAUUAAUAGUCUUCUCAGCCUCUGUAGACAUGAAGUGCUGUGAGAAGCUGGUUUUACACCUCAUGUCCCACCUACCAAGACUUUGGUGAACAGCUUCUGCUGCUAAGCCCACGGAGGAAGGGGAAACUACAUCAGGAUGCUUUAUGUGGACUUUAGUUCAGUGUUUAACAGCAUCCUGCUGAACAUCCUCAUCAUGAAGAUGACUGACCUGGACUUCUCACCCAUUGCCUGUGCCUGGAUUAACAGCUUCCCGGCAGACAGGGAGGGUGGGGCCUCACACAUCCUCCAUCCCUACACUCAACACAGGUUCCCCUCAUGGAUGUGUGCCAAGUCCCGUCCUGUUCACUCAAGACUCCGUCCACCUCCAUGACUCCAACUUCAUCCUCAAGUUCACCAACGAUGCUACAGCAGUGGUCUUCAGCGGUCAUUGUACAGGGAGGAGGUCCAGGGACUGGUCACGUGGUGUUCAGGGGAUAACUGUUUACUGAUCCCCAACUAGACGAAGGUGAUGGGCUGGAGGAAAAGGAGAGCAGACCACGCCCCACUGCAGAUUAACGGCGUCGGUGUGGACAGGGUCUCCUCUUUCAGGUUUUUUGGUGUUCUUGUGACUGAUGACGGGACAUGGCGCACCAACCCAGCAGCAGUGGUCAGCAAAGCCCAGCAGAGACUUCCUGAGAACGUUCUAGAAGUGUCGCCUGGAGGCAGAUCUGCUGAGAAUUGUGUGAAUAGUGUGCUAACCUACGGCAUUACAGUGUGGUAUGCUGGCUGCACUGAAAAGGGCAGGAAAGCUCUGCAGGGGGUCAUGGCUGACACUCAGCCAUUUUUUUUUUUUUUUGUAUACAUAAUGUUUCUUUCAUUUAAUUGUUUUCAUUAAAUUCUUGUUUUAUCUCUUUUUGAGCUGCUGUAACAGUGAACUUUCCCCACUGUGGGAUCAAUAAAGAUUAUCUUAUCAGGGGCUAAACCGAGAAAAGAGGACUCUCCGGGACCAUCUCACCCCGGUCAUAGGCUCUUCAACCUGCUGCGUCUGGCAGAAGGUACAAGGUUCUGAGACAACACAAAGACUCAAACACUUUUUAGCUUCAGGCCAUCAUCAACAACAAGGAACUACAACAAUAACUAAACAAGAUGUGCGAUACGCGAUGGCAAAUGGGUCAGAGACUGUUUAGUUUCCUUUUAGCAUGAUGUAUAUUUAUUUCUUAACUUAUCGCUCUAUGGGGGAGGGAUUUCUAAACCAGUCUCGUAACAUUCUGCGAUGAUGAUAAAGUCUAUUCUUAUUCUUUUA